UCGCGACAUUUGUCACGUCCGCAUCUUGUUGGCCUCCAUUGGCGAACAAAAACAGAGGAAUUGUGUGAAGUGAACGAGGAGCAGGCAGUUUGAAAGUGUUCGCCGUGUUUUAAAUACACAUAAACUAGAUGUUUAGAGUGUGAUUGUUUAGCUGAUACGCAGAAUUUUAGAGUAAUAUUUGGAAACCAGUUGGAGCUUCAGAGAAUGCUGACGACGGGAGCGGCUGUAACUAACGUCACAGCCCUUGCCCAGGUUGACCGAGAGAAGAUUUACCAGUGGAUCAAUGAGCUGUCCAGCCCGGAGACGAGAGAAAAUGCUCUGUUGGAGCUGAGCAAGAAGCGCGAGUCGGUGCCAGACCUGGCACCCAUGCUGUGGCACUCCUUCGGCACUAUUGCUGCCCUGUUGCAGGAAAUAGUGAACAUCUAUCCAUCCAUAAACCCUCCGACUCUCACAGCUCAUCAGUCCAACAGAGUGUGCAAUGCUCUGGCGCUCCUGCAGUGUGUCGCCUCACAUCCAGAGACACGGUCAGCGUUCCUUGCAGCUCACAUUCCCCUGUUCCUGUAUCCGUUCCUGCACACCGUCAGCAAAACGCGGCCGUUUGAGUACCUGCGCCUCACCAGCCUCGGAGUCAUAGGUGCUUUAGUGAAAACAGAUGAACAAGAAGUGAUUAACUUUCUUCUUACGACUGAAAUCAUCCCUCUGUGUCUCCGCAUCAUGGAAUCGGGGAGUGAACUCUCCAAAACGGUUGCUACAUUCAUACUACAGAAGAUACUGUUGGACGACACCGGCCUGGCGUACAUCUGUCAGACAUACGAACGUUUCUCCCAUGUGGCCAUGAUCCUUGGGAAAAUGGUCCUGCAACUCUCCAAAGAGCCGUCGGCCCGCCUGCUGAAACAUGUCGUUCGCUGCUACCUUCGCCUCUCAGAUAAUCUCAGAGCCAGAGAGGCGCUGCGUCAGUGUCUGCCGGACCAGCUCAAGGACAGCACCUUCGCUCAGGUUCUGAAGGACGACACCACCACCAAGCGCUGGCUCGCUCAGCUCGUCAAGAACCUGCAGGAAGGCCAGGUCACGGACGCCAGGGGCAUCCCGCUCGCCCCGCAGUGACGAUCCACGGCUGGGACCCCUGUUAGGGAUGAGCUUUCUUCCCAGAGACUGUCUUCCCAGAGCAGGAGACGAUGGAGGAACAUUUUUCUUUUCAUGUUUUUGGUUACGAACUGUUCAAUUUCAGAAACUGUAGAUUUACAAACCUGAUUGUGAUAAAAAAAUACAACUUUUA